AUGGGCAAAAAAGGAGCAAAGAACAAAAAGAAGAACAACAACAACAAUAAUAAGCAACGCCUACCGGUGAACGAUAAUAAGUUUUCCCUCUCUGAAGACAACCCUACAGCCGAGCCUGGCCUUGCAGUGGCCGCCGAGGCUGGGGACCAUGGCCAACCUACAACCUUCGACCGUCAAACUUUGCAAUUUUCGUUUUAUCCCGUCACUGCUGCUGCUUCUUCGGAUGGUCUGACAUCGGAUAAGGAUCAGGAUACCACCAAUAACGCGACCCAUUCAGAGGAAGGCCCAUCCCUAGAGAGUGCUCCCGUAGAAGAAUCAGGUUCUCCCGUUGACGCUGCGCCUGCACCCGAAUCUGAAGAGUCACCUGAAGCGGCAGCUGCUCCGCCUGAGCCUGACCCGUCAGAUGAGCCGGCACCUGAAGCCAAGGAAGAAGCAGAAUCUGCGCCAGAGGCAGACGGUACCAAGCAGAAAGCCGAAGACGCCGCCAACCCCGCUGAGCCCGAGACGCCAGCGGCUACUGAAGAUGCCGCGCAAGACUCACCGCCCGAGGACGGUGAUGGUGCCACAGCGGCGGUAGAUGAAAGUCCUGCACCGGAAAGCAAAGAAGGAGACAGCAACGAGGAUGAUUUCCCAGAAUGUGACCCAUCCGCGGAGCUCGAUAAGGUCGAGGCCGAAAAAGCGGAAGCGGCACGGCAAGCGGAGGAAGAUGCAAAAGCAGAAGAGGAGGCAGAAGCAGCAGCUGCAGCAGCUGCUGCAGCAGGGGUUCCUGAUGACGUUGAUAUUGACAUUGGAAAUGAGAACUCACCUACAGAUACUCCAGACAACGAGGAAGCUGCCCCCGCACAGGGUGACCCACCAACGAACGAGUCAGCAGAAGAAGAUGUGACGAAGCCCGACACUGAAAAUAGUCCAGCCCCGGACGGACCCGCUGAAGAGCAGAGCGACUCACCACCCGAAGCAGAGCAGCCCGUCGCUGAAGUACAAGUUCCUACCGAGGAGCAGCCCGCUCCUAAAAAGCCCGCACCUGAACCUUCUUCUGAGGAACCUGCCGCGCCGACUGAGACGGCGGAGAACAACACUUCAGAAGAAGCAGUAGCUCCCGAAGGCGCAACAGCCGAUAUCGCUGCAGACGAAACGACGAAGGAAGAAUCCACUGACGAGAAAGCCCCGGAAGAGCCUGCUGCAGCAGAAAGCCCAGUCGAGGACAAGCAAGAUGAGGCAACAAAAGCUCUUGCAGCGGAAGAAGGAGGAACCAAGACACCGGCCGCGGACGAAGCCGUAGCUGAAGAUGCUGCCGCCGAACCGGCUCCAGAAGCCUCGUCAACUGAUGAGGUGGCUCAACCGGAGGCAACUCCUGCGGAAGCUCCAACUGAAGAGAAGAAAGAGGACGCUCCUCAAGAACCACCGGAGCAACCUCUGACUGAAGAAGUCGUCGAAGAAUCUGCUUCCCCCGAGUCUGUGGCCGAAGAGCCAGCAUCUGCCGAGCAGCCCCCUCCUGCAGAUGAGCCUGCGCCUGAAGAACCUCCUGCUGCUGAGGAGUCGGCCCCUGCUGUGCCUGAAGUGGAGGAGCCUGCGCCGCAGGACGAGACCCCUGUUCAAAAAGCUCCUGCUGCAGAACAGUCUACUGCUGAGGAUGUGACCCCUGAGGAACCUGCCCCCGUUGAAGAGGCAUCGGCAAAAGAACCCGUUGCUGAAGAACCUACUCCAGGUGAUAAAUCCUCUCCAGUUGAAGAGGCUGCUGUCGAGGAAGCGCCUCCAGCCGAGGAAUCUGCUGCGUCUGAAGAAUCCACUCCUGUUGAGGAGGCUGCCCCAACAGAAGAAUCCGCGGCUGAGGAGUCAGCUCCAGCCGAGGAGGCUACCGAGUCUAUUUCAGUGGGAGAGCCUGCUGCUGCUGAUGCCGAGGAGGGCCUUCGUGAAGAGUCGGCUCAUGAGGAACCUGCUCCUGUGGAAGAUGCUCCUGCUGAGGAACCUGCUCCCGUUGAAGAGCCUGCUGCUGAGGAAUCUCCAUCAGUUGAAGAUCCUGCCCCCGUUGAAGAACCGGCUCCGGCUGAAGACCCUGCCGCUGCUGCCGAGGAGAUUCCUACUGAGGAACCUGCCCCCGCUGAGGAGGUUCCUGCUGAGGAACCAGCACCUGUGCAGGAACCUGCAGAGGAACCCACGCCAGUUGAAAAGUCCGUCCCUGAAGAGUCUGCUCCAGCGGAGGAACGUAUUCCCGUGGAAGAGGCUCCUGCUGAGGAAUCUACUCCCGCUGAACCUGCUCCCGUGGAAGAGGUUCCUGCUGAGAUAUCUGCUCCUGUUGAACCUGCUCCCGUUGAAGAGCCUGCUGCUGAGGAAGCCUCUCCUACAGAGUCGGCUCGUGAGGAACCUGCUCCCAUGGAAGAGGCUCCUACUGAGGAAUCUGCUUCCGUUGAACCUGCUUCCGUUGAACCUGCUCCCGUUGAACCUGGCCCCGUUGAAGAGCCUGCUGCUGCCGCCGAGGAGAUACCUGCCGAGGAACCUGCCGUUGUCGAGGAAGGCGCUCCUGUUGAAGAGUCUGUCCCAGUCAAAGAAGCUGCUCCUGUGGACGCGGAAUUCUCCGAAGAGACUCCAGACCCAACACCUGUUGAGGAAAUCUCAAGAGAUAUUGAUGCCUUGGAGCCAUUGGAAGCAGCCUUGCCAGCUGUUGUUCCAGUCGCCAUAGCAGCCGAACAUGCACGCAGGAGAAAGAGGCGAUCCCCGGAUGAGGGACAGAGACGACAUUCGAAGAGUUCCUCUGAGGAAGUACGAAGAUCAUUGCCACGCAAGAAACCUGAGCGAAGUGGUAGUCUCCUUGAUCGGUGGAACAAAGCCCUUGAGGAAGCCAAGCGACAGCAUGAAGAAAAGCUUAGGCAGGAGGAGUUACGGAGUAAGGACAAAUUCCGGACCCCAGAGAAGGCAGAGAGGGACAGGCAUUCCUCAGAGCGAGAGCGCCAUAAACGAAGCGAGCGUUCGUCAAAAGAAGAAGCUGCCGUGGAUGUCAAACACAGUCGACGAAGACCCGAGCGCUCAGCCACCUAUGAAGUUGAGCGUUCUUCGGGGGAAAAGGCUGCCGUGCCUAUCGAACCCAGCCGACGGACCAGAGAGCAUUCGAGUAGUCAGGGAGGAGAACGUAGAAGUACCUCCUCAAGGGAUGGCCAUUCAUCAGUCUCGAAGCCGCGAGCCUUCCUGAAAUACAUGACAGCCGAAUCAGAAACGAAUGGUCCCCUUCUUAAGAUCAAUGGGGACAAAGCUGCUGCAAAUGUGCUUGGGCGUCGGUCUUCCCCAAGCCAUUCCCAUAGCCACCGUCACUCGCACGAAGGAAGAGGGUCCGACCGUUCCACGAGCUCCCAUCAUGCGGCGGAGGAGGAGCAGGCUCGACGCGAGAGACGGGCGCGGCGAAGGGCUGCAGAAGAAGUGGAGCAGGCAAAGGAAAGAGAAGCGACCGACCAUCAUCGCCACCGUCAUAGCGGAGAAACCCGCCAUCACCAUCACCGACGCCGGAGAGAUGAGCCUCCAAAGGAAGAGUCGAAGCUCAAAAAUAUCCUCAAAGCAGUUGUUGCUCAUUAA